AUGAGAGAGAUGAUUUCAAAUUUUUUAAUUAUUAUUGUUGUUGUAUUAUAUAUUCAAUGUAGUCAGAGUAUAUCAAAUAAUAACAAUAUUUUACAGACACGAAAAAUUAACUAUGCAGUUAACAAUGUACAAAAUAAUAAUAUGCCAUUAUCAAAAACAGAUAAUAGUGCUACAUUAUCAUUUACCAAUACAAUAUCAUUAGAUCCAAGACAUGAACUACUAACAGAAAUUGCACAAAGGUAUCGAUUGGCAGCACGACGUUUAAGAGAAAGUCAAUCAACUUUGAUAUUUGAUAUUGAAUUUCCUAUUCAUGAUAUACUAAAAGUAGAUGCAACAACAAAUGAAAUUACAUUUCGUGCAUCAUUAACAUUAAAUUAUCAAUUUGAAUCAAAUAGUAUUGGAAGUAAUCCAUCACCGUAUGAAUUUUUAAGUUGGGAUUCAAAUAAUACUCAAAGUCGUUAUUAUCAAAUAGAUGAUAUAACAUUAACACCAGCAACAUUAAAUUCACUAUGGUUACCCGAAAUGAAAUUUGAUGAUGAACAUGUUCAAUUUAAUAUCGAACAAGAAAUAGCAAAAAUUAAUCGAGAAGGUCUUGUAAGAUGGACAAGACGUGGAACAUUUACAAUAGCAAGUGUCAUUGAUCUACAAUAUUAUCCAUUUGAUAAACAUUCGUUUAAUUUAAAUUUACAUAAUACACAAAAAUCAUUUAAAUUACAAUAUCGUCGUUCAUUCGCAUCAACAGGUGGAGGACAAUUGAAUGGUCGAAUAAGUGUGUGGAAUGCUCUAUUUGGUAGUACGACAGAUACAAAGAAUAAUGAGAAUGUAUCAUCAACAACAACAACAACAACAACAACAACAUCAUUAACAACAACAAAAAGUUAUGUUAAAACUUCAUCGAGAGGAUGGUUUAUUACAAAUAUACAAAUACAACCAAAAAUAAUUAAUGAAAAUUCAUCCGUAGAUGAUCUACUAAUAUCAUUAUCAAUUCAACGUCGUCGAGAAUCACAUAUAUUUACAAUUAUUGUUCCAUGUUUAUUUUUCUCAUUUUUUAUCUUUAUAUUUUAUUUUCAACCAGUUGAAGCUCAUCAACGAUUAAUUAUUGGUGUAUUGAAUUCAUUUGCAACAUUAACAUUCUAUCUUUAUUUAGAUUAUAAAAUUGAAGCACAACAAUUAACAACAUCUCCAUUAAUACUUCAAUUUUUAACAAUAUUAUUUAUGAUUGAAGCAAUAUCAUUAUUUUUUGAUCAUAUUAUUCAUUCAAUAUUCUAUGGUGGAAUUAAUUUUGUAUCACAAUGGCUUAGACGUAAUCGACAUAAAAGUCGAAACUAUGAUACACAACAACCAGCAAGAUUAAGUCGUGUAACAGUGUUAUCUCGUGCAUUAAGUGAAAAAUUGCAUGGUGGUAAUGUAAGUAAUGGAAAUGGAACAAAUGGAAAUCGAAUAAGUUUAGAAUAUGGUGAUACAACAUUAACAAAUCAUCAUCAAGAAUCGUCAGAUGUUAAUUCAAUAUUGAAACAAUUAUUUGAACGAGAAGAAAUUUUAAAAUUAGAAGAUAAUGAACGUUAUCAAUGGAGAAAACGAGCAAGACUAAGUGAAUGUUUAUGUUGUUGGUUUUUCUUCGCUAUUAUUAUUGCAGCAGCUAUAUGCGUUUUUGCUGUUAUACCAUCGAUUAGUAUAAAAAAAAUUUGA